GUCUGUUCUCGCCCCUUGGUGGGGGGAGGGGGGGAGCCACCCUAGCGGUCCAGUUCCCAGGGGCAACCCAGGUUCAGAGCAGGGCAGCACCGUGAUUGGCCAGCUCCCACGCCAAUCGACAGGUCGGGCGGAGGAGGAGAGGGUGGAAUCUCAGCUGCCAUUGGUCCAGGAACGAGGAAGCCGGCCGCUGAUUGGUCAGGGGUUGUGAUUGGGCUGCAGGGCUGCCCAUCAGAGGUGGGAGCCGGGCUGAUUGGUCCAGCCCUGGGGAGGCUGGUGCUCCGGGGGGGCCUGUGGUCAUUUGCAUCCUUGAAGAGGAGGCGGUACGAAGGCGUCUGUGGGCCUCUCAUUGCUGGGCUUGCAAUGUGACCCCCGGCUCCUGAUCCUUUGCAAAGCUUCCCUCCGAUUGGUAGCUCGGACUCCUGGAUGAGUGCAGAGGCUCAGGCUGCAAGCAGCGUGCUCGGGAUAUAGCCACCAGCCUUGGGGAGGCCAGAGGAUCCGGCCGGGCGACACCACCCUGAAGUCCCGAGCGUUCCAGUCCCGAGCAUUCCAGUCCCCAACGUUCCAGUCCCCAGCGUUCCAGUCCCCAGCGUUCCAGUCCCCAGCGUUCCAGUCCCCAGCGUUCCAGUCCCCAGCGUUCCAGUCCCCAGCAUUCCAGUCUCCAGCGUUUCAGUCUCCAGCUUAUUUACGUCUCGAAGUUCUUCACUCGUCAGCAUGACGCGAGACGUUCGACUGGAGGACACAGUUGCGGCCAGCAGCUUCUACCAGAAGUAUGAUCCCAAGGAAGUGAUUGGGAGGGGCGUGAGCAGCGUGGUCCAGAGAUGCGUCCACAAGGCCACGGGGAUGGAAUACGCCGUGAAGAUCAUCGAGGUGACCGCCGAGGGCAUGAGCGAGGAGCAGCUGGACGAGGUCCGCAGGUCCACCCAGAAGGAGAUCGAGAUCCUGCAGCUGGUCACGGGACACCCGAGCAUCAUCACGCUCAUCGACUUCUACACCUCGGAGACUGUCACUUUCCUGGUGUUUGACCUGAUGAAGCGAGGGGAGCUGUUUGACUACCUCACUCACAAAGUCGUCCUGAGUGAGAAAGAAACCAGGAACAUGAUGAGGGAGCUCCUCGAAGCCAUUCAGUAUCUGCAUAGCCGAGACAUAAUCCACCGGGACGUGAAGACGGAGAACAUCCUGCUGGACGACCACGCUCACAUCCGACUCUCCGACUUCGGAUUCGCCUGCCGCCUGGGGAACAGCGUCAAACUCCGAGACCUCUGUGGGACCCCUGGCUACUUGGCUCCGGAGUUACUCACCUGCUCCAUGGACGAGACGCACCCAGGCUACGGCAGGGAGGUAGACAUCUGGUCCGCUGGCGUUGUCAUGUACACGCUCCUGGCUGGUUCGCCCCCAUUCUGGCACCGCAAGCAGAUGGUGAUGCUACGCAUGAUCAUGGAUGGGAACUACCAGAUGACCUCAAACGAAUGGGAGGACCGAUCAGACACAGUGAAGGACCUGAUCUCCAAGAUGCUGACUGUGGAACCCAGUAAGCGAAUCACAGCUGACGAGGCCCUCAGCCAUCCCUUCUUCCAAAGCUACAGGCCAGAAGUUCGGCAUUUCAGCCCCAUUCGAAAAUUCCGGGUCGCUGUCUGGGCGGCCCGCGUCUGUAUCCGAGUCUACGAUAACUACCGGCGGGUCAAGCUGGUCACCAGGGAGGCGCUGAUCAAAGAGCCCUACGCGGUGAAGGCCGUGCGCAGGCUGAUCGACGGCUGUGCCUUCCGUAUCUACGGGCACUGGGUGAAGAAGGGGCAGCAGCAGAACCGUGCGGCUCUCUUCGAGAACACCCCCAAGACCCUGCUGCACAUCCCUCUUUACCUCGAAGACGAAGGAGAGGACAAUGUGAACAUCUACUCGGACUGAAGGUUCUUCAUGACGAUGUGUCACAUUCCUGUACUACUCGAUGGGCCAGCACCCAGGAGUCGUGGAACAUCAUGUCUGAGUGGCCCUGCCUGGUGGGGUGUGACGUCUCUCCCUGCUCCCUUAACGCACAAGCAUAUGGUUCUGGGGUCAGCCGGAGGGGAAGACGUACCAUCCACUGCGGGGCUGGGGACCCCAACACACUCUCCCGGGGAGAGAGCCUUCGCCUAUGGGCAGAUUUUAGCUGCUGCCUUUUGCUCUCUCGCUGAACACAGCCACUGCCUGGUGACCCUGGAGAGUUCCCUUCACUUGACUUCCCAUCCCUAUCUUUAGGAGUGACCAUGGCACCCACCCAGCCCUGCAGAGGAGGAGAGUCUCCCAACCCCACCCACCCCCACUGUGAACAUGGAACUCCACUCUCUGCCUGUCUCUCUCUUUC